GAAUCAGGAAGUGAACUCCUGGCUGAAAUUCCAAGUAGUGAAAGAUCGCUUUUUUAUUUUUUUAUUUUUUAUUUUUUUGAAGACAGCAGUAAAUAGUUUUCAGACACAAGUUUUGUGCAAAGAGUGAGCUCACCCCGCUCUUUAAAACUGUGUUUUCAAUGUGACCGAUCACUUAAUUGUUUUUGUUACAGUCAUAUAGGAGUGAUCGGGUGUUAUGGCAACAGCAGGAGUACAGGACAGGUUGUCCAGUUAAUGAACUUUCGGCCGCAGGAGUGUGGAAAAGAUAGAGACCGUAUGGUAUGCCAACUCUUACAAUGUCAGGGACCGAAGACUGUCAAAGGCGCUUUCAGGCGGCUGUCGACGUCAUACAAAGCCUACCCAAAAAUGGUUCCUACAGACCCUCUUAUGAAGUGAUGCUGCACUUUUAUGGUCUAUACAAACAGGCAGUCUGUGGCCCAUGUACAGUGUCCCGUCCUGGCUUCUGGGACCCUGUAGGCCGUUACAAAUGGGAUGCUUGGAAUCAGCUGGGAGCCAUGAGCCGAGAGAGCGCAAUGGCUGCUUACGUGGAUGAAAUUAAGAAAGUUGCACAAGAGGUAAUAGACACUAUGCCAAUAAAUGAGAAGACUGCACCCUUUUUCCACUAUUUUGAACCUCUCUAUCAUGUCAUUCAUGAUAUGCCCAGACCUCCAGAGGCACUUAUAACGCUAAGAUCAGAAUGUGAACUAGAAAGUGCAACACAAGAACUGGCACCUCAAGAGCAGGACCUCACAGAGACAGUCCCUGAAAGUGAACCUCAUCUGGAAAGCACAGAGCUAGCUUUGUCUGAGGGUCAGGGGCCGACUAGUGACUCAGAGAGUGAAAUCUUCUGUGACUCACUGGAACAACUGGACAGUGUUAAGCUUGCUGCAAUGCCCGAUAGUUUCCAAAUUGGGCAUGCACGCUCUGAAACCCCUGUAGUCCAGGAGCAUCACUACACCCUGGUCUCUCAGGUGACUCAGAUGGGUGCUGGACAUGGUGGCGAGGGGGCAAAGGAAAGACAUGGUAGCACCUUGAGAAGGAACGCAGGAAGAGAGGGUCAGCAGCAAAGCUGGAGAGAACCCUCAGGUUAUGCGGCCCACUGCUAUGCGAGAUGGAUGGAGCGGUCUGCCUCGGGUGCUGGUUCAGGGGGAGAGGGUGGAGACAAUUCUGAGGGAGGGCCUGAAAGGCUACAGGAUUCCCAGGUGCAACAGCAGAUCGUUUUAGCCUUACGGCAACUAAGAGAAGACAUGCAAAGCGUUAUGGAAAGACUAAAGGUGGUUGAGGGUCUUGCCACCGCAAAUAACUCACAAUGGAGAUCCUAUGUACAACUGACAUCCCCAGAGACAAAGGAGAAAUGGUGGCCAUUCGACAUCUCUGGGCGCACAUUGCUGCUUUUGUUGGUGUGGCCUUUUGUGACUCAGGGCUUGCUGUUCCUACUGAGGCAGAGGAAGAGAAAGCUUCACAUGUGCAUAUGAAUUUACCGUGCCGAGUGGAAAUGAAAGGAAAAGUCAUGUUAUAGAAUGAUCAAUAAUACAUUUGGCUUUCAGUGCUUCAAUUAAAGCACUUGAUAAGCAGACUCAAGUGAAGAGAGGAAAUAUUCUAACCUCAUUUCUUAAAUGGAUCUUACCAUUUAAUAUUAAUAUGUGCAAUUUUCAGAGAAAUUCUGGGUUUAAUUGUGUAAUUUAAUGUUUAUAAUGUAAUUUGUUCUGUGUAAUUCUGGUUAUAUGUAGCAGUGUGCCAAGGCAGUCACUGACUGUCAAUAAUGUAUGAAACCUAUAUUCUUUUUUAAAUAAGCACCAUUCAUUAGUACUGGUUGCUGAAGUCUGAAAUAUUAACCAUGUAAAUGCCAUCUGCACCAAAAGGAUUUAUAAAAAUCUUGCUUACACUAUGCCAUAGGAUGCCAUGCACUUUGUGGAACUGACUAAUAUUGGUGUAAAAUGUAUGCAAUCAAAUAGUCUUUAAUAACUACAGGGGCCUUCACUUGAGUAAUAUGUACAUGCAGAAAGCUAUCACUCUGAAAUGAGAAAAAAGAACCACAGACUAUUUUUGACUGUACACAAGGUGUGUGGUCCUGUAAUUAGAGGAUACUAAUAAAUGCACAAAACAGUUCCCUUGUACAUGCAAUAAAGGUCACCCACUUAAUGUUUAAGAGAUUAAGCAUGAGAUUAGUAAGCAGUUACAGACAGAUGGAAUUAGCGAUUGCUGGUAUGUUUUACUUUGUGUAGCUGCAACUAAAAGUGGGUUUGAAUGGAUACUGGAUUCAUUUUGUAAUAUCAAGGGGAGUAAAAUCAAACUAAAUCCAUUACUUGAGGAACGGAUUGCGUUUCAUGUUAAAUGCAUUCAAGUGCAUUUUCUUCUAUCCUCAAACUCACACACCCAUUGUUACAGUGCAAAUAAAGCAAAUAUCUAGUC